AGACUUCUAAGUUUACUGAGGUAGUGAAUGACAGAUCUGAGUUUGGUGCCAAGGAUUGCUUUCCCACCCCAUGGAAUUACCUGGAAAUUUCACUGCUUCCUUGUUAUGAAGGGGACCGGGUUUUGCCACCACAAAAUAUGCCACUUUGGCAUGAAGAUUAUUUCGUGCUAAAAGCAGUUUAAAAACCCACUAGAUUCAGGAAAAGCUCUCUGCUUCCCACCUCAACUGCCUAAAUUUUUAUUGGAAAAAAAGGGCUGUACCAGGAAAAGACCAUUUUCCCCUAAAAACCUUAUCUGCCUAACAGUACAACCCUAGUUUUCCAAACAUCUCUGCCUUCCCAGGGAUGGCUUUCCUCCCGUUUGUAUCCCCAAACCUCUACCCCUUUCCUAAACUCAGGAUGUUAUUAAGCUUCAAUUACCUAGUCGCCUUUUGAAUCUGCAUGUUAUAAAGGAGCCCCCAUACAUAAUUUUGGUUUUUCUCCUGUUGAUCUGUCUUAUAUCAAUUUAAUUAUUAGAUCAGCCAAAGAACCUAGAAGGGAAAGUUUUUCUGCCCCUAAAUCACACCAUGGAGGAUGUAUGUGCAAAGCCAUCAACCAAGGGGAGAGGUUUCAUCCAUGAACUGCUUUUUGCUAAUAGGGAAAUUAUAUACCUGAUUCAAUUAAAUAACUAUGUGUUAGAGAUUUAAUAUCUAUUAUCAUCUAUUAAGAGAUUCUACUCUUACUUUCCUUGGGAAGGUUGCCUAUAAUGGUAACAUAAUCAACCCUUGAUCCUCAGCCUGUUUUGCACCUGUGGUGUGCCUUUUGUCAGAGGUGGAUGCAAGAAGGUGGGGGUAGGGAGUGGAUAAGAAUUAAGUUCUUUCUUUCUCAUGUGAAUGGGAGGAAUCUUUUAUUUCACCUCCAUUAAAAGCCAUCACUGGUCCUGGACAAGCAUAGCGCCAGUUCAUUAGCAGGGAACCAGCAUGGCCACUAAUUCCAAAUUUAUUGACUACAUUGAUGAAGCUCUGGAAAAAUCAAAAGAAACUGCACUGUCUCACUUGCUUUUCACCUAUCAGGGGAUUCCUUACCCAGUCACUAUGUGCACCUCAAAGACCUUCCAAGCCUUGGACACCUUUGAAGCCAGAAGCGAUGACAUAGUGCUAGCGUCUUAUCCAAAGUGCGGUUCCAAUUGGAUUCUUCACAUCAUUAGUGAAUUAAUAUUCGCCGAUUCUAAAAAAAAAUUUGAAUAUCCAGAAUUCCCAGUUCUUGAAUGUGGGGACCCAGAAAAAUAUAAGAGAAUGAGCCAGUUUCCAUCACCAAGGAUUUUGACAACUCACCUCCAUUAUGACAAAUUACCUGGGUCCAUCUUCAAGAAUAAAGCCAAGAUACUAGUGAUCUUUCGAAAUCCUAAAGACACAGCAGUAUCUUUUUUCCAUUUCCACAAUGAUGUUCCUGAUAUUCCAAGCUAUGGCUCUUGGGAUGAAUUCUUCAGACAGUUCAUGAAAGGACAAGUUUCUUGGGGAAGCUAUUUUGACUUUGCAAUUAAUUGGAACAAACAUCUUAAUGAUGAAAAUGUUAAGCUCAUAUUAUAUGAAGACCUGAAAGAGGAUCUGGCUGCUGGAAUAAAACAAAUUGCUGAGUUCUUUGGAUUCUUUCCAUCUGGGGAGCAGAUUCAAACUAUCUCGGCCCAAAGUACCUUCCAGGCGAUGCGAGCACAGUCCCAGGAAACACAUGGUGCCGUGGGCCCGUUCUUGUUCCGAAAAGGUGAAGUUGGUGAUUGGAGAAAGUUGUUCAGUGAAACUCAGAACCAAGAAAUGGAUGAAAAAUUUAAAGAGUGCUUAGCAGGCACUGCCCUGGGAACAAAGUUGAAAUAUGACUUAUACUGCCAGGCCUGAUUCUGGUUGAUUCAGCUUUAUUUUCAUCAAUAAUAACUGGACUUAAAUAACUAAACAAUAAUUCAAUCAAAUAAUGAUAAUUAACAUUUAGAUAUAAAUGAGACAAAUUUAGUAAUAAUGAUAACACCUGAAAUUUUUGAGCACAAAUUUCAGUUUAUUUUUUGAGGACAGGGUAGCUACUGUUAAUAUAAUCUUGGAGUUUCAACUUCUUUCAUUCUCUGGAUUCACAGAAGAGCACAAGCUGACACUAUUAGAGAUGUACCUAAGUCUCUGUUUGAGCAGAGAUGAGACAGGCCUCCAAAUGACCACAGUGUUUUGUCUUCUCAUAAUAAUUCCUCUUUCUCACUAUGGUUCAGAACACAUGUGCUGUCCAUCUCAAACUUACUGCUGGGGGAAAUUUACUUCUAACUCUAUGCCAAAAUAAAAUGAAUAAAUCCUAUUCUAAUUUGAUUAGACCAAACUGAGACCAGACUGACUUAACUGAUAUUUAUAGAACAUUCUAUCUGAAAGCAGUAGAAUACACAUUUUCCUCAAGUGCACAUGGAACAUUCUCCAGGACUGAUCACAUGCUGGGCCACAAAUCAAGCUUUGGUAAGCUUAAGAAUAGUAAAAUCAUAUCAAGCAUUUUUUCUGACCACAACACUGUAAAACUAGAAAUCAACUGCAAGGAAAAACUGU